AAUACAAAAAAGAAAAGGAAGCAAGAAACAUGAAAAGGAUGCCAAAACUAGAACCUUUGUUUUCAAUGCGCGUGAGCUUCCCUCUCCAAUCAACAGGAAGUGACAGCCAAUGCAGUGGUGUUUUCGUACGUCGGACCGUGGCGUUAGAGUGCUUCUUCAAGUGUCAAAGCUAGUUCCCAUCAACAUGGCUCUCUCCUGUUUCCCCCACUCGCAAAUGAACCUGCGCGUUAUACCACACUCCCUAUGCCACCAUUGAAACUCCUCUCUCAGUCGCUCAUGCCUCCCUUAUUUCUCUCUUACCCCAUCACCUCUCCCUCUCCCUCCCUCUCCCUCUCCCUCUCCCUCUAAGAAAACAGGCCCUUCGAGAAAGACCAAACUAAGCCAAUCCCCGUAUUGAGAACAAUAAGAAAAGAGACCAAAACUUUGACAUGGACACUCGCCGGAAAACGAAAAUCCGGCGACAACCACUCCGGCAGCCUUUCCAAGUUGAAUGACAGUCUUGAAUCUCCCGUAAGGUUUCAAACUUUGACCAUUUUUUUUGUUGAACUACUAUACAUACAAUAUUACAUAAUGGCAACAAGUAACACAACAACUACACCACCACCACAACACCAACAAGUAGACACAGCCACGGCAGAGGAGAUAACAGCAAAGGCAGCACACAAGAGAUAUGAAGGUCUAAUGAUGGUAAGGACCAAAGCAAUAAAAGGAAAAGGCGCGUGGUACUGGGCUCAUUUAGAACCUAUGUUGGUCCACAACACCGACACUGGUCUUCCAAAAGCUGUGAAGCUACGGUGUUCAUUAUGCGACGCCGUUUUCUCCGCUUCCAAUCCUUCAAGAACUGCCUCUGAGCAUCUGAAACGUGGUACUUGUCCUAAUUUUAACUCUGUACCGAAACCCAUUUCUUCAAUCUCUCCAAACACUGCCUUACUGCCUUCUCCUUCUUCAAGCGGUGGUGUUGGUGGUGGUGCUACCACAGUAGUGCAUGGUAGUAGUAAUAGGAAACGACCUGUCGUUUCAAGUUCAGGGCUUUCUGGUUCUGGUGGAGUUGCAUCAUCAGCGUAUCCAGUGACAGCCGUUGGUAGUACGUACCAAGUAAGUCCUCUUGCUAUUGUGGAUCCAUCAAGAUUCUCAGGUGAGAUGGCUAUGCUGCCCCAACAGCCACAUUUGAUGUUGUCUGGUGGGAAAGAGGAUUUGGGUGCUUUAGCUAUGUUGGAAGAUAGUGUAAAGAGGUUGAAGAGUCCGAAAACUUCGCCAGGACAGGCUCUGAGCAAGACCCAGAUUGACUGUGCACUUGAUUAUUUAGCUGAUUGGGUUUACGAGUCUUGUGGGUCUGUGUCCUUUUCGAGUUUAGAGCAUCCAAAGUUCAGGGCUUUUCUGAAUCAAGUUGGUUUGCCUGUGGUUUCAAGGAGGGAUUUUGUUGGUGGGAGAUUGGAUGUUAAGUACGAGGAAGCUAGGGCUGAGUCUGAGGCAAGGAUUAGAGAUGCUAUGUUUUUUCAGAUUGCAUCGGAUGGGUGGAAGUUGAAGAGUAAUGGGAGCUCUGGUGAUGUAAAUUUUGUGAAUUUGACAGUGAAUUUGCCUAAUGGAACUAGUUUGUAUAGGAGAGCUGUGUUUGCUAGUGGUUCAGUGCCUUCCAAGUAUGCAGAGGAGGUUUUUUGGGAGACCAUAACAGGCAUUUGUGGGAGUCUUGUGCAACAGUGUGUAGGGAUAGUUGCAGACAGGUUUAAGGCCAAGGCAUUGAGGAGUUUAGAGAACCAGAAUCAUUGGAUGAUCAAUCUUUCUUGUCAGCUGCAAGGUUUCACUAGUUUGAUUAAGGAUUUUAGUAAAGAGCUUCCACUGUUCAGGACUGUGAGCGAGAAUUGCUUCAAGCUUGCAAGUUUUGUCAAUAAUAAGACCCCAGUUCGAAAUAGUUUCCAUAAAUAUCAAUUGCAGGAGUAUGGGAAUGCAGGAUUAUUGAGAAUGCCGUUGCGGGAGUAUGAGAAGAUGGAUUUUGGACCUGUGUAUACAAUGCUAGAGGACGUAUUGAGCUCAGCUCGAGCAUUGCAGUUGGUUUUGCAUGAUGAAUCGUAUAAGAUAGUAUCCAUGGAGGAUCCUACUGCAAGAGAAGUUGCUGAGAUGAUUGGAGAUGUGAGAUUUUGGAAUGAUAUGGAUGCGGUGCAUUCGCUAGUUAAGUUGAUAAAGGAAAUGGCUCAAGAGAUUGAGGCAGAGAGGCCAUUAGUCGGGCAAUGUCUGCCGCUAUGGGAUGAACUUAGGGCAAAAGUGAAGGCCUGGUGUUCAAAGUUCCACAUUGCUGAAGGAGCAGUGGAGAAAGUGAUUGAAACAAGGUUCAAGAAGAAUUAUCAUCCUGCUUGGGCUGCUGCAUACAUACUCGAUCCACUUUAUUUGCUGAGGGACAACAGUGGCAAAUACCUUCCUCCUUUCAAAUGCUUGACCUCGGAGCAGGAAAAGGAUGUGGACAAGCUUAUAACCAGGCUUGUUUCAAGGGAGGAGGCUCAUAUUGUACUGAUGGAACUCAUGAAAUGGAGAACAGAAGGGCUUGAUCCUGUGUAUGCAAAGGCUGUCCAGAUGAGGGAGAGGGAUCCCAUCACAGGAAAGAUGAGAAUAGUAAAUCCCCAAAGCAGUAGGCUUGUCUGGGAGACUUAUCUUACGGAGUUCAAGUCGCUGGGCAAAGUUGCAGUUAGGCUUAUUUUUCUUCAUGCCACUUCAUGUGGGUUCAAAUGCAAUUGGUCUUUGCUGAGAUGGGUGUAUGCCCAUGGGCAAUCAAGGGCAGGCAUGGACAAGGUGCAAAAGUUGAUAUUUAUCGCUGCUCACUCAAAGCUAGAUAGGAGGGAGUUUUUGAGCGAUGAAGAUAAGGAUGCAGAUCUCUUUGCAUUGGCAAACGGUUCCGGAGAAUGGGAUUCUAGUUUUGUUUUUCUCUUGGAAAACAGAUCUUCUGUUGAACCUUGCCACAUAUUUUCCAUGUAUGUUCCAAAAUUAGAAGAGCUCGACAAAGAUAUUGUUGAACUGGAGAAACCACCAUAAGAUUGUUGGAGGUUAGUACAAUGCCAUGGACAAUGAUUAAAGGUGGAAUUCCGCCACAAGAAUCCAAAGACUUCACUUGAAAUUUUUGGAAGUGAAAUGUCUGUUUGUAACCAGAGGUUGCUUCAACAAGCUGGUUUGGUGAAUGGCGAGCCAAGUACCUCUACGUGCAUCAACAACCUCGGAAGGACCUGAAAGAACACCUUUCUAGCUAGAAAAGCACUCCUAACUGUUAUCUCCUGGUUUUGUGUCUUUGGGAAGGUGGAGACCCACCAUGAAAGAAGUGGAAGUCUUUUUCCCAACUUUGGUUGUCAUGGAGGGGGGGGGGGGGGGGGGGGGGGGAGGGGGGGGGGAGAGAAAGGGAGGGAGGAAGGGAGGGAGAGAGAGAGAGAUUAGGGUUUUUCCCAUCAAAUCAUCUUUCAGGUAACUUAUCUUUUAAACAUUCCAAAGCUUGUGACGUUCAUGCAGGGUAAUUGGGCAAUGCUCCCCAUAAUUGCGAGAAAGGUGUUUAGAGGACCCAAAACAAAUGAAGACUGUCGGCAUGAAGCACUGCAAAAGAUGCUUGAGAGCGAUUCUUCAACAAAUUCGAACUACUAAUUUUAUUGUCCCGUAUCUUUAGCUGAUCAAGUUGGGAAAAUAUAGUUUAACAGGAAGCAGUAGAUUCAAUCAUCCGUCGUUUCAUUAUGCAAUUCACCGAUGAUAUGUUUAGAAUUACAUGCUGAUUGGUAUCGAAUUGUUGUUGCUUCUAAAAAAAUUUUCCAUGUGUAGUUCCUGAAUAUAAAACAGAUUAUAGAUGCUUUGUACAUUUGUUACAUUUGUUAAUUUUAUGUCUGCUAAUAGAAAAGGGAUAAGAUGUCUUCUUGUU